AUGCGGGGACCCUCCCGGCCACAGGUGUGGGACAGCGCGCUACCCGCCGGGCGCCGGCAGGAAUGGGCUGGGGAGCUGCCGGGGCUGGACGCACCCCGCCCCCCCGUGUCCGCCCGGACCCGGGGCUGCCGUGUGGUGCCGGCGGCCGGCGCAGCAAGGGGCUCAGGCCUGAGGCCCGGGCUCCAGUCACCGGCCUGGCCUCCCACAUGCUCUGUGUCGAGUUGCGUGCCGGGUUCUCCUUCAAUUGCAUAA